UUUAUUGUUUUUUUUUUUUUGGUUUUGUGUGUGUGUGUGUGUGUGUUAGUGAACAUUGCAAUGUAAUAUAUUGACAUAUAUAUGCGAUAUAAAGUGUUUGAAGUCUUUUUGAAGUCUUUUUUAAGGUAUAAAUGACUGGUAAGAGUAAUAUGCAUGCAUAAGAGAUGCAUAAGACCUGCUUUAGUUUUUAAUACCAGAUUAUAAGAAAUUGAUCAUGAAUUUUAAAGUGAUUUAAUAGUUCAGAUUUGAUAUUUCCAGGUUUUCCAGGAUUUCAGAUUCUUGAUUUGGUCAAUUGCUUGAUAAUCUCUUAUUUUAUUUUAUUUAUGUAUUUAUUUCCUGUGCUAGUGAAUAUUGAAGUGUGAUAUGUUGACAUAUUAUUAUAUAUAUAUUUAUGCGAUAUAAAGCGUUUGAAGUCUUUCUGAAGUUUUUUUUUAAGGUAUAAAUGACUGGUAAGAAUAAUAUACAUGAUGUCAGCUCAAAACAUUUCUGUGCAAACUGCUAUUGAAUUUGUUUUUCGAGGCUUUGAUACGAUUCAGAGCCCUCUGGCUGUUGGAGUCGUCUUGCUGAUUCUGUAUUUGCUUGUUUUGCUGAGUAAUUUUGUGACUAUAUGUUUUAUAGUGAUGGAUAAGCGUCUGCACCAGCCGAUGUACCUGUUCGUGUGUAAUUUAGCCAUUGUAGAUCUAGUCUACUGUACGAGUGCAUGCCCGACUAUGAUAGGUAUCCUUAUAGUUGGUUAUAAAACCAUAUCUUAUGUACUUUGCCUUAUGCAGAUGUUUCUUUUCCAUUACAGUGGAUUGAUGGAAAUGUUGGCUAUAUCUGUCAUGGCGUUCGAUCGUUUCGUUGCUAUAAGCAGUCCUUUAAGGUAUCACUCCAUUCUGAGUAACUCACGCUGUAUUUUAAUCGCUAUUUCUCUCUGGGUUGUGGGUUCUGCAAUCAUGGCUGUGCUUCCUGCUACUAUUGCUCCUCUAAAAAUAUGUUAUUUUAAUGUAAAAUACAUGUUUUGUGAUUAUGCAACCGUCGCCCGAGCAACCUGUGUAGAUCCUGAACCCUAUUUUAAUCUCAUGUCCAUUAUGACAGCUGUUGUUUGCUUUGGAACACUGAGUUUCAUCUUCUUGUCGUAUCUAAAGAUCGUUAUCGUUGUCGUGAAAACGUCCUCAAAUACAGACAAGAAAAAAGCCUUCAACACCUGCGUGAGUCAUUUAAUAGUCAUAAUCUCCUUUUAUGCACCUUCUAUAACGCGAAUAGUCCUAACCAGGGUCGGUGUCUUGUUAACCAUAGAGGAGCGAAACGGGUUGAUGAUUCUGUCAAUUCUUGGACCCGCUUUGAUAAAUCCUUUUGUCUAUUGUUUAAAAACAAAGGAGAUCAGAAAUAAAAUAUUUAAAAUUGUCAAAAAGAUGUAACAAAGCAGCAAAACACUGUUUCCUUACUUCUUUACUGCCUCCAAAAUUGACCUUUUCUAUAUUGUUCUAUAUUUCAUUGUUUCAAAGUGCAAUAAAUCUUUUUUUUU